ACAGUAAUAUAGCAGUUCUGCGGAAGCACACUGGCUACCGUUUUUCGACAGGGCUGCAUAACUUUCUGCUAUUGUUAUACAUUUCUGAGGCUUUUUAUUGCAUUUUAAUCCACAGUGAAAGCUGAAGAGUGGCGGGAAAGGGUGGAAGGAGAGAGGGGAUGACAAGGAAGCAUAACUCGAAAUGGCGACACUCACACGAACCACAUCAGGUUUUACAGUUAGAAACAUGACAUUGUUAUUGUUUUGCAUUUCUCUUUCGUGUCUGCCGGUUUAUUCCUCCGCCAGCAGAAACGACAGACCCAUUAUUGGUGUUCUGGCUCAAGAAGUUUAUUCACCAAAACCAGAUCAGACAGUUUACAUUGCUGCCUCUUAUGUCAAAUACCUGGAGUCAGCAGGGGCGAGGGUUGUACCUGUCAUGAUUAACCAGACACUGGAGGAGUAUAAGGCACUGUUCAGCUCCAUUAAUGGGAUCCUUUACCCAGGCGGGGGUGUCAGCAUUAUCUCCUCUGGUUAUGAAAAGACUGCAAAGAUCUUUUAUGAGCUGGCUAUUGAGGCAAACAAGAAAGGCGACUAUUUUCCUGUGUGGGGCACGUGUCUUGGAUUUGAACAGCUGACCUAUUUGACGAGUGGAAAAACAAUACUGACACACACCAAUACAAGCGGUGUGCCAUUGCCUCUGAACUUCACUGACGAAACCAAAGACAGCAGGAUGUUUAAAGGCUUCCCAGCUGAACUCAUGAAGGAUCUGGCCUCUCAGCCGUUGACGGAGAACUCUCACAAGUGGAGUUUGGCAGUGCAGACUUACGACACAAAUGAGGAGCUGAAGAAGUUUUACAAAAUUCUCUCCACAAACAUGGAUGGAAAAAUAGAGUUUGUGUCAACGGUGGAAGCGUAUGAUUACCCAAUUUACGGGACACAGUGGCAUCCAGAGAAAAAUGCAUUUGAAUGGACGAGGCCUUACAUUCCACACUCUCCAUCAGCAGUCAAGACCACCUUCUACAUGGCUGAAUUCUUCGUCAGUGAAGCCAGGAAGAACUCGCACAGAUUUGAAUCUGAGGAGGACGAGAGCAAAGCACUGAUAUACAACUACAAUCCUGUUUACACUGGGCCCAAGAGCGGCUUUGAGCAGAUCUAUUAUUUCUAAUUCGCUCUGACGUUUGUUUGCGGAGUGCUUUUCCUUUUCAGCAGCUGAUUGGCUGUUUCACCCGCGUGACCUGUGAAUGUUUGCAGAUUAUUUGGCUUGUUUGAUUCAGCCUCUGCUGCUCACUCCAUCUGUUGAAUCUGCAACUUAACCAAGAAGUAAACUAAAAAGAGGACAGAUUUAUACACGCAGCGUAAUUCUUGCAAGAUUGUUGAUUCUCGUGGAUGCUGUAGCCGGAUUUACAGCUGAGUAAUUAAAUGUCAUUACGGAGAGUGAACAGUGACAUUGUAAAGAAUUUUGCCUUGAAAACUUGAAUGUUUACAGUCUACACUUUGAAAAUGAAAUGUAUUUUAAGCUGCACUAAUCUAUUGCCUAUGGAAAAAUAUUGAUAAAAUGAGAAUUUAUGUGCAAUAUAAAACCUUGUUUCCAGUCGCAGCAGGCAGAUGUUUUCGGCAAAAACGAUCUGAUGAACAAACUUUACACUGCCUUCUCAGCACCAAACAGCAAACAAGACAAUUAGCAGCCAGCUAGUGGAGCGUUUAGCAACUACAGAGCCAGAAUAUUACUCUCAGGGUUUAUUGGAAACCAAAACAGAGGAAAUGUUGGACUUACAUUUGGUGGGUCACCAGAAAUAUGACUCCAAAUUGAAUGUGAAUGUCGCCAUGAGUCAAUGUUGUCUUCCUCUUGUUCCCCUGCCCCCAAGUGACCAGAAACAUCAAUACAGCUUUAAAAUUCACAAGACCAACAAAAAAGAUGAGCCAGAAAAGACUGAAGGCUGAUAAAAUAUCUAUUUUUUUAUUCUAACAUUUACCUUCAUGCCACAGUCUGACAUUAAUCUCCUUCUAUGCUUUGGAUAACAAAGUUGAGUGUCUUGAAAAAGUCCUCAACCACUGGCAAGAAAGUUCGAUAUUGCCAUUGGCAUUUAUAAAGUCCACUUUCAACUCAAUUCAAGGACAGCAACAGGAGAACAGAAAUGAAUAGUCAAAUGUAACUUCCAAAAUGCUUUAUGCACAAAUAACACUCAGGUAAUAUUGUUUCUGUUUUCUUUUCUUUUCUUUUUUUUUUAGAAUAAAAUGAUAUUUGAAUAACAUUUACACAUCAAGCUGACGAGACUGGGAUCUCAAUCACAAUACUACUGGAAAUGUAAUUUAUGCAAUCCAGUAAGGAACAUUCAAGAUGUCAAAAUUACCAUGUGGAGCUGAGCUAUCGGGAUAGUGCUGCAAAUAACUUCUUAGCAUGCACUGAAACGUAACACAAAUGGCCAUUCAAAUUAAAAAUGGAAAAUUAAACUUGUGCCUCAGGAAUUCAUCAUUUCGUAUGUCUUCGUUGGACAUUUUUCUAUCUUAUAUACAAAUGCAUAAUUUCUCGGGGUGUAACACUAAUCCUAAUGGCUUCUUGCCUUCAACCUUGAACAAUGUAUUCACUUUAGUGUGAAGUGACAGCACUUUCAAUGCUGAACACUGCAGUCUCUGUACUGGUUGUACAUGUUCGUCACCUCCCGUUCUUAAACAUCUUAUAAAGCAACGAUGCAUGCAGAUUCUGUACAUUUUAUCUUGUUGUAAUGUCAGUGGGCAUAUUUCCAGAGAAUGGUUCAUUUUCUUUUCUGUGAAAAUCCCUUCAGUUUCACAUAUUAGCUGUUGAGAGCAGGUCUUAUUAUAGUAUAGUCUAUUUCAAGCUAUAGAUUUUAAGGACCAGUGUGUAGGAUUUCUUGGCGUCUAGCGAGCGUCUGAGAUUUCAGAUUGCAACCAACUAAAUCCCCUUGUCUUAAAGUGCGACAGAGAAACUACGGUGGCCACGGAAAACACAAAAGGCCCUAUCUACAGCCAGUGUUUGGUUUGUCUGUUCUGGGCUACUAUAGACAAAAACGGCUCAUUCUAAGCUAACAAGGACACAACAAUUCUUAUUUUCAGAUGAUUCAACACUAAUGAAAACGUACCGAUGAAUAUUCUAUUCCAUUUCUGCCAGGAGACCCUCCUAAAUGUUACACACUGGACCUUUAACAAUAGCUGCCAUUUUGGGAUAUAUGCUUAUUCGCUUUCUUGCCACAAAUUAAGAUGAAAAGGUUGACACCACUGUUACAUCUGUCUGAAGUCCAAUCCAGGAGACAGCUAGCUUAGCAUAAAGACUAAAAGCAGGGAGAAAACAGCUAGCAUAACUGACCCAUAAAACCACAAUUUGUAGUUUUUGUACAGGUGAAAUACAUCAAGUCACAGUGUGACUUGCUAACCUUAUGCUAAGCUAACCGGUUGUACCUUUAAAUUUAACAGACAAAUAUGAGAGUGGAAUCAAUCUUUUAAUCUAACGCUUGAAAAGACUGCAAAUUAGCUAAUUUCCCAAAAUAUCUAACUAUUCUUAUAAAAUUAGCCUCGUUGUAGUUCAUAAAUGCAAUCCCACAGCAUACUUUUCUGACAAAGUAAGGCACAGUGACUAAAACAAAUUGAUGCUUCUGUUUGAUUAAACUUGAUCGUCACAAUAAAACCGUCUCAAAUGAA